UCGAAAUAUAAACGUUUUCAAUCAAAUAAUAUCAUUACAGAAAACUAUGUCGGAUAUUGCAAAAACUAGUAAAAAUGAAGACACGGCCAAUAACAACACUACUACUGAACCGAAACCAGCAGAUGACAAACAAAUUAAACUAAAUAACACGUUAAAAGACAAACUUCGGAAAUACAUCAAAAAGUUGGACGAAACUGCCACAAGCAUAACAAAAGAAGAAAGCAUAAAACUAGAAGUUGACACAUUCAAACAAUUAUACAAGCCUAAGCUAGCGGGCAAAGAGGACUCGUACAAAAACAUACCAAAAUUCUACUUCAAAUUACCGAAACCUGAUGACACACUCGCUCAGAAACUUAGAGAGGAGACGAGAGCACAAUUUUUACAGAAAAAGAGCAAAGAACUGCUUGAUAAUAGUGAAUUGAAGCAUCUAUGGAGUUUGUUGGAGAAGACCAAUGGGAGCUACAAUGUGACUAACAAUGAUGAGUUAAUAAUUGACUAUUUUCAAUUUAAGAAGAUCAGGGAUGAAGCGGGGCCUAAAUAUAAACCAUAUUUCACAGCAGAAGUAUUUGGUCGUCUACAAGCAGCUGAGGGCGGUGUCGGUCGGGUGCGAGCGGUGUCACUGUUUAAUUAUGUGAUGCGCAGAGUGUGGCUGCAGCAGACGAGGAUCGGACUGUCCUUGUAUGAUGUCACGGGGCAGGGGUACCUGACUGAACAUGACCUAGAAAGCUACAUAGCAGAGUUAGUACCGUCCCUGGCAGCGCUGGACGGACUGGACUCAUCCUUCAGUUCAUUCUAUGUGUGCACGGCUGCCAGGAAGUUCCUGUUCUUCCUCGAUCCACUGCGAGUGGGCAGGGUGAGGAUAAGAGACGUGCUGUCCUGCUCCUUCCUUGAUGAUUUGUUAGAGCUCCGCGAAGAAGACUUGCCGAUGGAGAUUCAGGAACAGAAUUGGUUCAGCGCGGCGUCAGCGCUGCGCGUAUAUGGACAGUAUCUCAACUUGGAUAGGGACCAUAAUGGCAUGCUCAGUAUCAAUGAGUUGGCUGGCUACGGCUCCGGCACAUUAACCCGAGCGUUUUUACAGCGUGUGUUCCAACAAUGUCUGACUUACGACGGAGAGAUGGAUUACAAGACGUACCUAGACCUAGUUCUAGCGCUAGAGAACAGAAAGCAGCCGGCCGCCCUAGCGUACCUGUUUAGAGUACUAGAUAUUAACUGUGUCGGGUACCUUGAUGCUUUUACCUUGAAUUAUUUUUUUAAGGCAAUACAAGAACAAAUGAUAGCUCACGGCGCGGAACCAGUCAACUUUGACGACGUGAAGGACGAAAUAUUCGACAUGAUCCGACCGGAGGACCCCACAAGGAUCACCCUCCAGGAUCUGAUCCGCAGUGGCCAUGGCCACACCGCGGUGUCCAUACUGCUGGAGCUGCAAGGGUUCUGGGCAUACGAGAACAGGGAGGCCCUCGCCGCCGCCGGGGACCACGCCUGACAUACUGGACAACGACUCCAGUUCAAUGGGGAUCGGUUUAAAAUAUAGACGGUUUAAACAAAGUUACGAACAGUUUCGUGAUGGACUCUAAAUUAUUUAUUGGAUUGUUACCAUUAAUAGUGAUUGAUGAGAAAGAAUUAAUGUAAAAAUUAGUAAAGUGUGUGAAUUUGAAAAAAAACGAAAAUUCGUGGAACCUGCGAUUUCCAGUUUGUAGGCUUGUCUAGGCAUUUAAAAAUAAAUAGCAAAUUUGAGAAUAACUGGACCACUUUGCUAGUUUUGAUUUUACCACUGAAAAUUUAUGGUGCUAUUACCACUGAAAAUUUUAUACUAUUAAAUAAAGCGGAAAAAUUUGUUUUUUUGUUUGAACGCGCUAAUCUCC